GCCGCAUUGUGGCCGUUUAAUAACAGCAGUGGAGCGGUUUUAGUCUUUUAACAGAUAACCUAACUUAGCUACACCGAUAAGUCUCGUCGGCGUACGUAUAUAUAAACAGCUCGUGUUUCUCUUUGUGCUUAGUUAUCAGGUAACAUAAGCCCUUGUGCUGUUACUGACACGACAUAUUUGGGCUAUUUAACCGUCCUCCUCUCGCUGCUGCGCCCGGCAGCUCGACACAUCUCCCGCCUGUGCAGCGGCGCUCAGCUUGUGUAGGCUGCCGCUCGAUGCUCAGUGCGCAUGCGCGGGGGGAGCCCGAGGUAGGCCCUGCUGUUUUUCUAACUCCAGUCAAUCCAACGCGGCCAUCUAAACCAAAACAAGGAGAGAGAAAUCCCCCGCAACGGCGAGAAAACGAGACUGACUGCUGGAGCCAACUUCCCUGUAUGGAGAUGCACAACUCUAUGAAAAACUGCCCCAGAUUUUCUUCAACUUAGUCACUUUGAACAAGAUUGACGACAGUGAUCUCAUAAUCCACAAGAAGAGCAAUAUUUCUGACAUCAUGACAUAAAAGGGGGCUGUUGCUGACAUGCGGUACCCGCAUGUUCACACUCGCCGGAAAACGUACACAACACAGGGAUCCACAGUUCGCUUUUAACCCUUGACCUACAGACCUCCUCCGAUAUCCCCUGCCUGAACUCCAGAAACGCACAGACACAUCCUCCACCCACCAAGCUGAUCAUCGUGCUCUUCAUCCUCUGGCAAGCUCCUCAUCCUCUCUUUACGCAGGCAGCACUGGAGGUUUAUGUACAAAUGUCUACCUCACGCUUAAAGCUCCUCUCUCUCCCACUGCAGCCCUGAACACGCUACAAAAUGACCUCCAGUAUAGACCGGGAUGACAGUAGUAUCUUUGAUGGGUUGAUGGAAGAAGAUGAGAAAGACAAAGCUAAACGAGUUUCCAGGAACAAGUCGGAGAAGAAGAGGCGAGACCAGUUCAAUGUGCUCAUCAAGGAACUGGGCACCAUGUUGCCGGGCAACACCCGCAAGAUGGACAAGUCCACCAUCCUGCAGAAGAGCAUCGACUUCCUGCGCAAACACAAAGAAAUCGCUGCGCAGUCAGAGUCGAGCGAGAUCCGUCAGGACUGGAAGCCUCCUUUCCUCAGCAAUGAGGAGUUUACACAGCUGAUGCUGGAGGCAUUAGAUGGCUUCUUUCUGGCCAUCAUGACAGACGGCAACAUAAUCUACGUUUCAGAGAGUGUCACUUCCUUAUUGGAGCAUUUACCAUCUGAUCUGGUGGACCAGAACCUGUUGAAUUUCCUCCCACUGGGGGAGCACUCUGAAGUGUACAAAGCCCUCUCAACACACAUACUGGAGGGAGAGGCCCUCACACCAGACUACCUAAAGACAAAAAAUCAGUUAGAGUUCUGCUGCCACAUGCUCCGAGGCACCAUUGACCCCAAAGAGCCUCCUGUCUACGAGUACGUCAAGUUCAUUGGAAACUUCAAGUCCCUCAACACUGUGCCUAACUCAACACGGAACGGCUUUGAAGGUGUUAUCCAGCGCUCUCUCAGACCCUCGUUUGAAGAUCGUGUGUGUUUCAUAGCAACUGUGAGAUUGGCCAAGCCUCAGUUUAUCAAGGAGAUGUGCACUGUGGAGGAACCCAAUGAGGAGUUCACGUCCAGACACAGCUUGGAGUGGAAAUUCCUCUUCCUGGACCACAGGGCUCCACCUAUCAUAGGUUACUUGCCUUUUGAGGUUCUCGGCACAUCAGGCUAUGACUACUAUCACGUAGAUGACCUGGAGACUCUAGCCAAGUGCCAUGAACACUUGAUGCAGUAUGGAAAAGGCAAAUCAUGCUAUUAUCGGUUCCUGACAAAAGGCCAGCAGUGGAUCUGGCUCCAGACACACUACUACAUCACCUACCACCAGUGGAACUCACGGCCUGAGUUUAUCGUCUGCACACACACUGUGGUCAGCUAUGCUGAGGUGAGGGCUGAGCAGCGCAGAGAGCUCGGCAUCGAGGAGUCUCCUCCUGAGAUCACUGCAGACAAGUCUCAGGAUUCAGGCUCAGAGUUGAACACUUCCAGCCUGAAAGAGGCACUGGAGCGUUUCGAUCACAGCCGCACACCCUCCGCCUCCUCCCGGAGCUCUCGCAAAUCCUCUUCGCACACCGCCGUGUCUGACCCCACCUCCACCCAGACAAAGCUACAGACAGAGCGCAGCACGCCGCCCCGCCAGUCCGUCUCCACCAUUGAGAUGACCUCUCAGCGACGGCCCUCUAUCAGCAGCCAGUCAAUGAGCUCCCAGAACACAAGCCAGACGAUGGCAACGUGUCUAGUAUCCCAGCCCCAGCAACCGCAGCAGCUGCAGCCCACUGUGCAGCCCGUGCUGCAGUUCUCCACACAGCUGGAUGCCAUGCAGCACCUGAAAGAGCAGCUGGAGCAGCGCACACGCAUGAUUGAGGCCAACAUCCAAAGGCAGCAGGAGGAGCUGCGGCAGAUCCAGGAAGAGCUUCAGAGGGUACAGGGCCAGGGCUUGCAGAUGUUUCUGCAGCCUGGUGGCGGAAGUCUUAACCUGGGCUCAGUGCAGUUGACGCAAGGUACCUCAGUGCAGCCAGGGACCGCUCUGACCAUGCAGGGUCAGGUGGUGCCAACGGGCAGCUUACAGGGUGGCCUGGCAUCCACGCACUCAGGCACACAACACACAGUCACUCAGCAGACCCAGCAAGCUCCUCCUCAACAACAGAACCUACUCCGAGACCAGAACUCCACCCUCACACAGUCCCAGAGAUCUUCUCAUAGACUGCAGUCUCCCUCGGGAGCUCUGCCUGCUUCCCUCUAUAACACCAUGAUGAUCUCCCAGCCGGGUCAGGCCAACGUUGUGCAGAUCUCGACUAGUCUGGCGCAGAACAGCCCCAGUGGAGCAGCCGUCGCGACCUUCUCUCAGGACCGCCAGAUACGAUUCCCAGCAGCCCCUCAGCUCCUCACCAAGCUGGUGACUGGGCCAAUGGCAUGUGGAGCAGUCAUGGUGCCCACCACCAUGUUCAUGGGCCAGGUGGUAACCGCAUUCGCCCCACAGCAGGGCCAGGCCCAGACCAUCAGCAUUGCCCAGCAGCCGCCCGCUACCUCUCAGGAGCAGCAGGCCCAGUCGCAGGCAGCCGCCGCCCAGCAGCAGAGCCAAGCCCAGGCCCAACUCACCCAGCAGCAGACGCAGUUCCUCCAGGCUCCUCGGCUUCUCCAUGGAAACCAGUCAGCCCAGCUGAUACUCCAGGCAGCGUUUCCCUUACAGCAGCAGGGAACCUUUGCCACCACAACACAACAGCAGCAACAGCAGCAACAGGCACAGCAGCAGCUCCAACAGCAACAUCAGCAACAGCAGCAGCAGCUUCAGCAACAUCAGCAGCAGCAACAUCAGCAGCAGCAGCAGCAGCAACUGGCAUCUCUCAGGCCAGACAGCAUGUCAGACCGCUCCAACGCACCGCCUCAGUAACCCGGCAAUGGCCAAUCAGUCGGCAAGGACCGAACCUAAUCUCCAUUGCGAGGGGUGACUAGGGGAAGAGGUCAGCGUCGGUGCGCCAUGGAAGAAUAGCAGUAUUCGAAUCAUACCUGUUAAUAUGGUGAAGGGCAAGACCUAGAAAGGGUGCAGUUUUCACCCUGUGCCCUUCCUGCCUUUCCUCUCUGAUCUCUGGCUGCUUGCAGUGAGUUCUGGGAAGUGUAGGCCUUACAUGCUGAGCCAUUUGAAGUGGCUCGCAAGAGAGCAGCGCCCGCUCUUUCAGUCACCCGGUCAAGCUCCACUGGAGUAAAAGGGCGAGGUGGGUCAAGCUUCUCCCGCCCCUUUGUUUUCAACCCUCUCUUCCCUCGUCUUGUACGCCCGGUAUGUGCUGUCAUCACCCCCUCACUCGGUUAAUUUAUGCAGAACGCUUCGGUUUGUAGGCUGGAGACGACGAUUCAAGACUUCAGAGAAGUCUAACAGGCAAAUGGCACCAUGCUCAUUUGUCUGUCUGUCUCUCUCUCUCUGUCUCUCUCUGUGUCACAUACAACCUCUUCCCCCCUCUUCUUUUUCAUCUUUUGCGUUUUUCAUGUCAAAAAAAAGUAAUUGUGGGUCAGAAAAUAUUUUUAAGAAUGUCAUGUGGAUUCAACUUUUAUUGUACAGUACAUCUGUAAAAUAAUAUGUAAAUAUAUGGACAAAAGGAAAGAGAAACUAAUAUUUUAUAUUGAUGCAUGAGAUGAAAAAGCAUAGUCUGUUAUUUGUAGCUUUGAAUAUACUUUUUUUGUAGUAUUCAAAGGAAAAAAAAGAAAACACACUUAAUGGCUGAUACCUUCACGGACUUCCUUUUAGCCGUGGGGGGCUUGUGUGUGUAUGUGCGUGUGUGUGUCUGCGAAGCAGGCAGUGCUGGUUCUGAGUUGUGUGUCACAGUUUGUUUAAACAGCGCCUUCGUAUUUUAGUAAAACUGCUGAAGAAAUAACAAUAACUAUAGUUUUUUUUUUUCCAUUUUAUGGUUUAACAGAAUGACACAUUUAUUAACCUCUAAAAUGUACAGACAUUUUGUAAAUAUCAGAGAGCAGACUGUGGAUUUAGAUGGAGAUGUAGAAUAGUAUAUUAUGGGGAAAGUGGAGUUUAAGCUUUUCGCAGUUGUUAGCUGCCACAUUAUAUUUCCUUAGCAUUAUGAGCUUUCAGGAAAGGGAAAAAAGAGUUUAGAUGAUAUAUGAUAGCAGUGAGAUUAGCAUAGAUUAAUGUUAUGAUCGCUACAAAGUGCAGCCUUAUGGAGAAGUGGAGAAUGGCCACAUGCUAUGUACAGUUUUUAUUAAUACAGUUGAAAUUUACAUAGUGCCAAGCCAUAAUAUCAGUUUCAACACUUUGACAGUAAUAUUUUGGAUACGAUAGAGAAAAUAUAGCAUAGUAAAUUUAACCAACCUGAAAUUUAGUCUUACCAAGCCAAACCUCAUUGUUGCUAGAAAUAUUAGCACGCAAACAAGUAUUUGCACAGCUUUAAUACACUAUAUAGUGUGUAUAUAUAUAUAUUGUCUUCUAUAAUUUUUUUCUUAGAUUUACGUUGUGCAUCAGUGAACUACAACCAAAAUUGAGUCUAUAAUAUAGACAUAUUGCAUAUAUGCAAAAGUUUGGGCGCCCCUGGACAACU